AUGACAUCUCUCAGUGCAGACGAGAUCCUCCAGCUUUCAGACAGCGCCCGAGACAGCCUGUCCCAUGAUCGUUAUGCUUGCUCUGCUUUGAGUCGUAUCACGGGCGGCUCUGCUAAUUUCACUUUUCGCGGCCUGCUCAAGACCCCGCUGGCAUUCGCUGAUGGAGGAUCUGUUACGACUGUUAUUCUAAAGAAGGCGACAAACUUUGCCGCUAUCAACAGAAGUUUUGCUCUUGACUCCAACCGCUCGAAGUAUGAAGAUCUCAUGCUCAAGGCUUUACGAAACGUGAGACUCGGUAACGUAGGCUUAACUGUGCCGGUAUCCUCACCGAUGAGCUUCUUCUACGAUAGCCAGUCCCACGUUCAAGUCAUUGAAGAUCUCUGGCCUGCGACAGACCUGGCAAGUAUUUUGACUUCGAGUAAAAUCUCGAAUCUACCAAACCCUGACUAUCCUACGCUCGGCUUCGCUCUCGGCGCAUGGCUUCGUAGCUUUCACAGCUGGACGCAGAAAACCGAGCAGCUCGAGCUGCGACGUACCAUUACACAGAACAAUUCAAGUCAAUCCCUCAAAUGGCGUACUACUUACGGCACGAUCGAGGCCAUCGUGGAACCCUUCCAGAUGAUUUCUGAAGAAGACAAACAAAUAUUGACAGAUGUAAGGGUCCGUGCUGCUUCCGAACUAGAGCAACAGACGCUCUCGGAGGUAGACGAACAAGUGACUGAAAUCGGCUACGGUGUUAUACACGGCGACUUUUGGACUGGGAACGUCCUCACUUCACCGACAGAAUCAAAACUCCAUAUCAUCGAUUGGGAGUUUGCUCAAAUUGGAAAUCGUGCAACCGAUUUGGGACAGAUGAUCGGCGACCUCGUAGAGAAGAGUUUCAUGUGCGACUCUAAGUAUCGUUGCGAGGCUGUAAUCUGCGCUUUUGCUCAGGGUUAUGGGGGUAUCGGCGAAGAUUUAUCGUAUCGUGUUGCGAUACAUGCCGGUAUACAUGCAAUAAAUUGGUGCAGCAGACAUCCUGGAGCGGAGUUGAAGGAAAAGGUCGAGAUGCUGAUACAGCGGGCGGUUGAGAUAGUUGUAAGGGGUUGGAAGGAGGACCGGAAUUGGUUCAAUGGUGAUGUGCUUAGCUGUUUGUUUUGA